UAUCGGCAUCAGCAAAAAAAAGUACUGCGAUCAGGCAAGUUCGUAUCACUUUUAUGGGUCGUUACCUGCCGUGCAGCCCAAACUAUGUGUCCAAGCGCGUUCGGGUACCCGCGGGUGUUUGGAGUUGGCCUCGGGCCGACCCAAAGCCUUGGGCCUGACCAGACCGAAGAGCCUUGGGGAGUCCAUCUGCUGCGAAGGAGGGCGCAGCUAGGUUGCGGGAAGAGAGCUGGAAGUAUAGGAUCGCGCAAAUCACGGGAAUUAGUUUCCAUAACCAAUAGUUACCUUAAUUAUGUAAAGGGAUAUGUAUAAAUAGAGAGGAUCCGAACGGAGAAUCUCAAGCAAAACCUAGGGUGUAAUUUCAUAAUUCUCGAGUUCUCGUUUCUAAAUUGUAUUUACGAUCCGUCCGGCAAGUCGGAUUAUUUGGUGAAAUUCUUGUCCAUCAAAUUGGUGCUCUUGUUGAGAGCUCAAGAAAUUCGCUCAAGAAGAAACCUUUCGAAGAACAAUGGUGCAAACCCGCAAUAACGCUAAUUAGCCCACCGGAAAUCCUCCUCAAGGAGAAACUAGCGCCACCAAGGGUUGCCACCUCUCUAUCAGCGUGACGGAGGCCGAAGCUCUCAUGUAGCGGAUCGGGAUCACGUCUGAUCAGUUCAAGGAGGUGGUGGCAGCCCUGGCCCCAAAACAGGAAAUCGCGAUGGACGACGUCACAGGGGCGCAGGUAAGGGGGAAGGCCGAACCUUCGGGUCCUGAGGGAAAGAAGAAGAAAAAGACGAGGCACUCUUAGAAGAAGAAAGCGAAUAAGCCUAAUGGGAAGGCGUCAAGGUUGGACGAGGAAGGAAAGUCGUCCUUGUUCGAGCGGGCUUCCGCUUUCGAUCGGCUGGGGGGCCGCAAAUAGAAGAAACCACGGACCUCCGCGUUCGCCCGGCCGCAUGAUAACCGGUCAGCCCAGAAAGGGGACGUGAGGGAAAAGCUCAAGGAACGAAGGGAGGAGUCCUCAGCGACGUCCAAGGCCCACUCGGAGGGAAGGCAAAAGGCGAUCGUGGACAAAGACACGGUCGAGCUGUGGAAGACAAUCGGCCGACUGGAAAAACGGUUAGACGCCCGAAAUCCUUAUCGCCAAGCAGUUUUUGAUGAAGUAACCCCCUUCUUGAAGAGGGUAAUGUCAUGCCCUCUCCCCGAAAAUUCUAAGACCCCUCAUAUCAAGGCGUAUAAUGGGACGACUGAUCCCCAGGAUCAUGUGGCGCGCUUUCAGGCGAAUGUGGUCAUGUAAGCGGACCCGGAGGAGAUUUAGUUCCGCUAUUUCUUGGCAACCUUGGAAGGACAAGGAGUGGUUUCACAAGCUGCCAAGGGGAUCGAUCGAUGAGUGGAAGGACUUGGCCCACAAGUUUUUGGAACAUUUUGUGUCAAGCCGGAGGCAAAAGUUCCCCUACUCCCACCUGCUCAACGUCAUGAUUCAAAAGGGGUAGCAACUCCAGGAUUUCAUCACCUGGUGGGAGAAAGAGGCUAAACACGUCCAAGGAGCGAAAGCUCAGGCUUUGAUCGCCAUGCUCCAAGCGACACUCCCCACAGGGGAUGUGCGCAAGGAGCUUCGAUGGAACCUGCUUCCUACAUACCACGAGAUGUUGGAUAGGGCUAGGUACCUAGCACUGGAAGAAGAGGACGAUGAGGCGCCUGCCCAGAAGGAGAAGAAGAGUGUUCAGCCAGCAGGCGAUGGCAGGAAGAGGAAGGAUUUUGGGAGGGGCCAGUCCACGCGGCCCAAACCUUACCAGCCCCUCCCCGUGGUCGGAAAAGCUAUAGCGUCCAAGGCGCUUCAAAAUAUUGCGAGUACCACCGUAACAGCACCCACAAUAUGUUGGAGUGCGUUACGCUAAAGGAGAUGGAUCAGUUGAUAGCCAGGGGACCAGCGCCUUGGGCGGAGCGACAAACGCCGGGAAAUAGGAUAUGGAGAAGACCAGUUGCUGCUGCUGCCGCGAUCACAAAUGGGGAAGGACAUGCGGACGGAUGAAGGCAUUUGGGAAGAGAAUGCGAAGAUCUAGAUGAAGAUGAAAGGCAGAAUCGACGGUAUUUGGGGUGUCGAUUCAUCAUGGGAGGUAAUACAAGAGGAGAUUCGGUAUUCUCCCGGAAGAAAUAGAAGAACAUGGUUCACCUGACCGAGAUACAAAGGCCACCACUGCCCAAGAAGAAGAGGAGAGAGCCGAUAAUUUUUUUCUAAUUUUGCACAUAUAAGCCGAGAUACAAAGGCCACCACUGAAAUAUGAACUAUCAUUGAUAUAUCUUGUUCAGGGACAACAUUUACAAGCAUACCAUGAUGUUUACAUGCUGAAUUUUAAGUUUAAAAGGCUGAAUUUCCUAAAAAUCUGAUCUAAAGUGUUCAUUCUUUUGAAAAAUCUGCAAUGAUUUAUUGAUUUGAAUGUUGAUUAUAAGUUCUUUAGUUGCUUCUUUGUUGAUAUUUGAACUUUGAUAGUUUAAAGCUUGCAUAGAAACAUAUUCUGGAGCAGCAUGUUUUUUACGAUCUGCUUUUGUUUUUGUUUUCACUGCUUGGGAGUGAAUAGAGACCAAAUUUCCUGAAAUUUGAUUUCUAGUUUAAAUGUGCACUUAGGAUUUGAUUUUAGGUUCUUAAUUGAGCAUCCAGUGACGAUCUUGGUGUAGAAAUUGUCAACCAAAGCUGAAAUCAGAGUACUUAUGCUUAUCUUAUUUUUAUCUUUUUGCAUGUUUUAAAGAAACUUGUGGCACUUAUCUUACUACUUCAUGGUUAAAUGAAUAUUUGUUUGCAAGUAGAUUAGUUUUUUUCCUUUUUCUCUUUCAUUUAGUUUUUGAAAAACGCAAAAAAGUUUGAAAAAAAAGUUAUGUUCAUGAGUUUAAUUGUUUAUUUGUACCUUACUUGUGCUUCUAACCAUCUACUUUGAGAGCUUUUUGCAAGAUUUGUUAAGUCAUAGGUGGAAGCAAAUCUGUUUGGAGUAAAAUCAGCAUCAUAAGAUGCAAAAUCUGAUUUGAAACGGCAACUUGAAGUGCCCGGGCGUUGGAUUUUUGGGCAAUAAACUGAAAAAUAUGCACUUUGUAAGUUGUUUUUUUAAUGCAGAAUCAAAAUUCUACACUUUUCACAGCUUAUAUGUGCAAAAUUACAAAAAAAUCUACAUAUUUGAAAUCAGAUUUUUUUGUUCUUCAACGCUAAAAUACUUGAUCUUAGCCUUCUCUUUGCAGAUUUUAGGAUACGAGCACAAUAUGGAAGGGAAAGUGAUGAAUUGGUGCCUCUUAUACUUUUUUUAAAUUUGCAUUCGACUUCCCAUCCUUUCUCCUUUACUUUUGUUGCAUUACUCCUCAUCCCCUUCUCUCUUGGCUUAUUUUUUUGG